GGUGAAAACGAAAGUACAUGUACUGAAGUUGAAAUUGCUUCAUGUCAAAGAGUUACGUUUCUUGUGGAGUGUUUAUCAAGUGACUUCCGGUAUUGUGUCAAGUGUUGGGGUGGGCAAGUGUAAAUACGUUUUCUGGGUCUGCAUGCUUUCCAGACAUCUCUGCUGGAGUGUCACUUUCCCAGACACAUUACAGAAAGGAAUGAUCUAUUGAACAUUUUAGAAAUGGGAGAGAUCUCAAGUUCUCAAGAGUACCAAAGUUUUCGUAGCACUGUUCCCCAGAAGAGAGUGAUAGUAGAUGAUGACAACAGCAAAGAAUGGACAAUGUAUGAUGCUGGACCCAAAACUGUCAGAUGUCCACUGAUCUGUUUUCCUCCAGCCAGUGGAACUGCAGACGUUUUCUUUCGUCAGAUUUUAGGACUGACAGCUGCUGGUUAUCGAGUAAUUGCUGUGGAGUAUCCUGUUUACUGGACGAUGAAAGAAUUUGUUGAUGGCUUCCGCAAACUACUUGACCACCUGCAGCUUGACAGAGUUCACAUUUUUGGUGGAUCAUUAGGAGGAUUUUUGGCACAAAAAUUUGCAGAGUGUAGUGCAAGAUCUCCAAGAGUGGCCUCAAUGGUGCUGUGCAAUGCAUUUUGCGACACAACUAUUUUCCAGCAGACCAACUCAGCUCCCACAUUUUGGAUGAUGCCAGCUCUUUUUCUGAAGAAGAUGGUUAUGGGAAACUUUGAAAAAGGAUUAGUAGAUCCAGAGAUUGCAGAUUCUGUGGAUUUUCUGGUGGAGAAGCUAGAUGGCUUGACCCAACAGGAACUGGCCUCUCGUCUGACUCUCAACUGCAUGAACUGCUAUGUGGAGCCACAAAAGCUUAGAGAUGUUGACAUAACUAUAAUGGAUGUAUUUGAUGACUGUGCCUUAUCGGGGUCUGUGAAGGAUGAAAUGUACAAGUGUUACCCUGAAGCUCGAAGAGCUCAUUUGAAAUCAGGCGGUAACUUCCCAUAUCUCAGUCGUAGUGCAGAUGUCAACGUUAUGUUACAGAUUCAUCUUCGAAAAUUUGAUUUGGGUCCAUACUGUGCUCGUGAAAUACCUAAUGAUGAACGAGAGCUACUGUCUUCCUGAGCACCAUUGUUCCGUUCACCCAUCCUGGUGCGUGAAGCAUUUUUGUGAAUCUACUGUGCAAGAUUUCACCAAGACUUUGUGAUAAUUCAUGUUUUCUAUACCAUGUAACAUAUUUUAUGCAAGAUUAUGAGGUGCUGAUAAUGUUUCCAAGUUGCAGGAAAGUUAUGACAUGUUUGAUACAUAUUUUUGUAUUAGAAACAAAGCGCUAGGCUUAAUUGAUUAAAAAAAAUUAAAGGCUUUCAAGCUUACUGUUGCCCUUUCUAUAAACAUUAUGCUAAGCAGAUAUGCAUAUGUGAUCUCGACAACUUAGAUGUUGUGAAUAUUGAAAAUACAUGGUUUUUUUUAAAAGAACAAAUUCAACAGCUUUAUAUUUUCCUUCACUUCAGGAAUUCCAGUUUUGCCAGGUUAGAUACUGAUAUUAAUGGUAGAUAUUAAAACCACCUUCUUGAAGUGUAGAUAGAAAAUUCUUCAGGACUGCCUCUUCCUUUUUAAUAGAAGAGCAUCCUGUUUGUAUCCUUUAUGGUACAUCUGUGUAGAAGACUAAUCAAUUUUCUUAUGUUUUAUGCAUAGGGCUUCAUGCUACACUCUUGCUCACAUUUCCUGUUUGCUGCAUACACUACAGUUGGUUGCUUAUUUCUAUGCACUUUGAUUAACUUGUUGUCCAUAUCAUUUUUAAUGUACAGGGUAAGUACUGACAUCAUAUACAUACAGCUCCAGAUAAAAAAAAUGGAGAACAUUCCAUGCAUGCUUUGACAGCUACCUCUAAAUGGCUAGAAAGCAUUUUACAAUAAUGCAUACAGUGCAGUUCAAGAGCUAAAUUACUAGGAUUAGCAGUAUGCACCAGAAUUAUUACUUUUUUUUUUUUUUCAUUUUCUCUCUUAAGUCUCAGUCAUUUUUUCUUUGACUUCUUUUCUUUGUCAACAUUAGUUUUCUUCCGACUUCUGUAAGCACCUUAGUUAUGUCCAUUUACCUAAGAUUCCCUAAUUAAAAAAUCAUGUUUUCACAUCUUUUCAACAAACUUCUUAUCUAUCGGAAAUGCACAUGCAAAUAUGUAUGACAAUAGCAUUUUUGUAAAAUACACGGCUUGUCGACUCCCAAGAACAAAUUUGUAAGAGAUUUCAUACAACACAAGGAGUGAGUGAUGCAUGAAUUUUUUUUUUAUUUUUAUAUAUACAUCAUUUGGAAUGAAGCGAGAGAACAUGAAAGAAACUGAAAUCAAUUUACUAACAAAGGAGUCAGCCCAGGUCUCAAAAGAAGCAGGGGGAAGAAAACUAUUUUAUUCUUGAACAGUUUUUUUGUUCUCAUUGUACAGACACUGGACAUAAAUUGUGUUUUUAUUGAGAUUGUAUUAAAAUUCUUGAUAUUUUCUGGUUAUUCACCUUGAUCAAUAUAGCUUAUGUCACCCUAAAAAUUGGCAGAGAAUUUGAAUCAACCAACUCUUACAGUGCCUCGGGCAAGCCAUUCUCAUAAAUAAAAAUACAUGUAAAUCUUGUUGAAUGCGUAACUCCUGAACACAAGUAAUCAUCACGUACUGUAUGUGGUAUAGAUUAUUAACAUCAGCUUCAUUUCUCAAAUAUUAAACUCUACAGACCAUUAAUCAAUGCUCCAUUUCCAAUGAUUUGGAAACAUCUGGCAGAUGCAAUCAUUAGACCAUUUUUAAAACGAACAGAGCUGUUGUGUGGGUGUAAAAUGAAAAAAGCAUGAGAAUGAAGAAGGAAAAAAAUUUGAGCAAUGUAGUCUUGUGUUAAUACUCAAAUCAGUUGAUACACUGCAAGUUCAAAGAUUAUGACUGGAGAGAUUAAAUGAAAGAAGCUGCAAGUCCACUGAUCUUUGGAUUGUUACUAUCAGAACACUUCAGCUCCAUGUGGGUGGACUCCAAGUUUAUUUGCCAGACAUAGUUUCUUGUUUACAUAAGGUUUAUUAUUAAGGACAAGGACAUCCCCAUAAAGGUCAGUGUUGAAAGCUUCUUGGUGCUGCAGAUUAUGGUACAAGUCCUACCUUCCUCUUCAUAUUAACAGGUUGUUUACUAGGGUGAACUGCUGGCUUCAAUGAGCUGCACAAGUUGCUACUUAUGAGCUUGGAAAGCUGUUAUCUUCUUUCAAGAAGAGGGUAAUGCUGCAGGAGAGCAUUCCUAAGAAACAAUUUCUAUUUUCGUCUUUUUGCAUCACUUAUAUUAACCACACAUUGCAAGAACAGUGGAAAUAGAAACUAGCGAAACCAACUGAGUGAAGGCUUUAAUCACGCUUCUCACAAAACUCAUGAUUCUUUGUAAAUGUGUCCAGUGUGAAAAUAUGAGAAGGCCACAGACUUGUGUUGCUGAAAGAUUUUUUUAAAGUAUUUUUAUAAUAUUUAGUUACGACUUAUUUAGUUAAGCCAGAUGAUGAUAACAGAAACCUAAGUGAACUAUGUUUGAAAAUAUCUGUUAUCUGAAUGUCACUUAAACUCUCCUUGUAACAAAUAUUUUCUUUAGGGAACAAAAUUAACAACUUAAAAUCUUAGGAGUAAACAGCUUUAAAUAUACUAUGCCAAAGAAAGAUGAGUUUAUUCGAGAUCAAACCAGAUAAGUAUCUGAGUGGUUUAAGGGAUAGAAUGCUACAACAGUGAGUUUACCUCACUAAACAGAAAGGCAUUGAAAUGCUACAAAGAAUAAAUGUUGAAACAUAAGAUUCUUAGAAAACCAAUUGCUGAAAGAUGUAAACAGCUGUAUACAUGACAUUUCUAACCAGGAUUUGGGUUCAAAUGUAUUUAUUUUUUAAUUCGUGUUUCAAAAUUUAUACCAUCUGUUCAGUUCUGUCUCCAUCUCAAAUAUGUGUAAAAACAAAAAGCAGCAGAGAUUUGUUGCACUUGUUACAUUGUUUGACCAGAUUCAAAAUACAACAAUAAAAAAAAAUAACAAAAACA